AUGCCAGAGAUCUUAAAGCAGGUCUGGGACUUGUCUGAUCAAGAUAAUGACAGUAUGCUUUCUUUGAGGGAAUUUUGUAUUGCCCUCUAUCUUAUGGAGGCGUAUAGGGAAGGCCGCCCUCUUCCAUCAGUGCUCCCAAAUAACAUUAUUCUUGAAGAUACACAGUUUCCGGCUACAGGUCAAUCUGUUGCUGGAUAUGGAAAUGCAUCUUUGCGACAUAAUCCUGGUAUGCAAAAAAUCCAAGAGAUGCCUGGUCCACGUCCAGUUGCCCCUGCAGUUGGAGGUAGGCCGCCUAGACCAGUUCCUAUUCCAGUCCCGCAGCCUGAUGAAGAGAAUGUGCAGCGCAGUCGGCAAAAGCAAAAACUUCCCGAACUUGAAAAGCAUCUAGUGGAUUGAUGGGCU